AAAAAGAGUCCAUAUACACCAAUAUUUCAAUAUAGCCAAAAUCUCAAAAAAAUUCUCUCUCUCGUUCUUUUUCCAUUUUUGAUUUUAUAAAAGAAAGAUUGUUUCUUGAUAGAGCUUGAGCAGAAAAACAAUGGCAGAAACAGCAAAAUAUGCCACUAUCAAUGGUGGAACACUGAUUACAGACUUGAAAACUCAGUUAUCUCUUCUCAAAACUAAAAGAAGUGUUGCUUGUGCUUAUGGGUUUGUGUUUGUUUUCAUUGUUGUUACUACUUUCUUGGCUUUUAGUCCUUCACCUAACUCUUCUUCACCAUGGUUUACCAACAUUUUUUCUUUAAAUAAACAAGAAGAUGGUGGUGGUUCUUAUGGAUCUCAGUUCUCUUCUGUUUUCUCUAAUCUUUUUCCUAAAUCUUUACAUCAUCAAGUUCUCAAUGUUACUGCUAGUGAUGUUGUUCCAAGAACUUCAAACAACAAUUUUGAGCAACCCCAUUUGGAUAAAAAAGCACCAAUUGGUGAAAAGACUCAAAAUCAUACUCUGAAUAAUGAUAAAGUUGGAGUCUUGGAAAAGCCCUUAAAUUCUUCUGUGUUGAGUAAUAAAGAAUCAUCUCAGACUCAAAAUAAAGAUUUUGAUGAUAAAGUUGGAAUCUUGAUGGCAAAUCACAGCACAAUUGAGGUUUCUAAGUCUCCAGCAAAUGUGAAUCAGACUCAAAGUAAAGAUUUUGAUGAUAAAGUUGGAAUCUUGAAGGCACAUCAGAGCACGAUUGAGGUUCCUAAGUCUGCAGAAACUGUGAAUCAGACUCAAAGUAAAGAUUUUGAUGAUAAAGUUGGAAUCUUUAAGGCAAAUCAGAGCUCAAUUGAGGUUCCUAAGUCUGCACCAACUCUAAAUCAGACUCAAAGUAAAGAUUUUGAUGAUAAAGUCGGAAUCUUUAAGGCAAAUCAGAGCACAAUUGAGAAAAAUUCAGCAGCAAAGACUUCUUCUGAGGAAAAUAGUGCUAAUGGGAAUGGAGAAAAGGGAAUUACAGAGAGAAGUGCUAAUGGGAAUGUAGAUUUGGUUAAGUCUUUGUUGAAUUGUGAUUUCUUUGAUGGGAAUUGGGUGACAGAUGAAUCUUACCCUUUGUAUAAACCUGGUUCUUGUUCUCUUAUUGAUGAACAAUUCAAUUGUUUUCUCAAUGAUAGGCCUGAUAGUGGUUACUUGAAGAUGAAAUGGAAACCCAAUGCAUGCAGUCUUCCCAGAUUGAAUGCCACUCAUAUGCUGGAAUUGUUAAGAGGAAAGCGUCUCGUCUUCAUUGGCGAUUCUCUGAAUAGGAACAUGUGGGAAUCCCUUAUUUGUAUUCUUAAAAACUCUGUAAAAGAUCAGAAGAAGGUUUAUGAAGAAUUUGGAAGACACCAUUUCAGGACAGAAGCUUGGUAUUCGUUUAUAUUCGAAGAGUAUAAAUGCAGAGUGGAGUUCUUUGCGUCUCCUUUCUUGGUUCAACAAUGGGAAGUUGCAGAUGAAAAGGGAGGGAAGAAGGAAACGCUUCGACUUGAUUUGAUCGGAGAGUCAGCUGAUAAGUAUAAAGACGCGGAUAUCUUAGUCUUCAACACCGGUCACUGGUGGACUCACGAGAAGACUUCAUUGGGGAAGGACUAUUAUCAAGAAGGAAAUCAUGUGCACAACGAACUUAACGUUCUUGAGGCCUUUCGGAGAGCAUUAACAACAUGGGGAAGAUGGGUCGAUGCUCAUGUAAAUCCCAAGAAGACGUUUGUUCUCUUCAGAGGUUAUUCUGCUUCUCAUUUCAGCGGCGGGCAAUGGAAUUCUGGCGGGGCAUGUGAUAGUGAAACAGAACCGAUAAAGAACGACACAUAUUUGACUCCGUAUCCAUCCAAGAUGACAGUACUUGAAAACAUCUUCAAAGGGAUGAAAACUCAAGUCUCGUAUCUCAACAUCACAAGAAUGACGGACUAUAGAAAAGACGGUCAUCCAUCGAUAUAUAGGAAACUGAAUUUGACUUUAAAAGAGAGGAGAUCACAAUGGAGGUAUCAAGAUUGUAGCCAUUGGUGCCUUCCUGGUGUACCUGAUGCUUGGAAUGAGCUGUUAUAUGCUGAACUUUUGGUAAGACUACGCCAAAAACAACAAAAGAGAAAGUCAUAGGUAAAACAAAUACUAUGUUGCUCGGACUCUUCAAAAAUAUUGUCAGGUGUUUGUCUGAUCCUCAAAAGUAGUGUGUUUCUUGAGAAUCUGACACGGAUGCACGGAUUCAGUAGCAUUUUGGAGAGUACGAGCAACAUAGAAUUCACGAACACAUAUAGAAGGUGUCGAUGUACAUUGAAAUAAUGAGUAAAGCCUAUACUAAAAAUAGUGUUGGCUUUGUUAUCGAAGUUAAAACACCUGAAGAAAAAUCCAAGAAAGAAUAAAUUAUUAUAGCCUAAAGUUGUGUACACAUCAACCUUUCUAGACUCGAUUCCACUUAUGGGGUUACAUUGGUGUGUCGUCAUUGUUGUAGUAAAUUAUAUAGUAUAUGAGAGGAAGAGAGAGUUGAAGUUUCCCUUGGAAAAAAAGGAAUUUUGUUGUUUAAUUAUAGUUCUCUCAUGCUAUAAAGUAUUUUUCAAGUCUUGAGAUCUUGAAAAGUGUAAAUUCUUCAAUUAA